UUGUAAAUUAUCCCUUUAAUAUUUCCCGCCUUCCUUAACGGCUACGUAAGACUUGACUUGGGCUCACUUUUAAAUCGGGGCCCAAUUGACCUCUUUCCAAUCAAAACAAAUCUGAACCGUCCACGUCAUUCCUCCUCCCUCACAGACUCUCAAAAUCCAAAUCUCAGCACCCAAAUCUCCACCGUCUGAUAAAACAAAUUCAAUGCCUCAGAUUAACCCACAGCUCUCUCCUCUCUGCCUCCUCUUCCUCCUCCUCACCACCACCGCCUCCGCCGCACCGUCGUUUUUCAAAUCAUAUUCGCAGUACAAAAACGUGAUCUCACUCUCUCACUCUCUCUUCACACGCGUAUCGAAUCUACGCGCCGCUCGCGGCGACAUCGCCGGCGCAAAUCGCGCGAAGAUAAUCGCUGAGAAGCUGAAUAUAGGGUUCUGGGGCUCGACAUGGUCAUUAGGAUACGAUUAUGUGAAAAAUUACUCGUGGAGGGAUUUAAAUUACAAGGAUCUGUACGAUGUCGUUUCGGAGAUGAACGAGUUGGCUAGGGUUUUAGGUGAGUUGACUCGGGCUGAAUCGGAUGUGCAGAGAGCAUCGUGGAUCGCGAGAAAUUACAGUAGUUUAUUUCGGAUUGCUAAGUCUGUGUUACAAAGAUUACAUAAAGUGUUCAAUAAAACGGGGGCUUUUAAAGAAGUGGUGGAGACAUUGCAGAGGGAGGUGGUGGAUGGUGAAUUAUUAAAGGAUUGUAUUGAAUUGGGAAGCUACGAUUUGAAAGGUUUGAUUCAAAUUAUUAAAGAUUUAGCUUCGCAGUUUUAUUCUAGUUCUGAGAAUUAUAACUCUGAUCUAUGAUACUUCAACGUAAUUUUGUACACUCAAAACUCUUUAAUGUGUUUAUAUUUGCAAAUUUCUGAUGGAAUUGAUGCAUAUUGAGCUAAA